CAGGACUUCCUACCCGUACAGCCCUGCGUCCGAGCCGUCGCGCCGCACUUUGCCACUCCGGCGAUCGGCCGCUUAGGUUGCUCCAUCCUCCGCGCCCACGCUCACCGCGCAAGCUCCCUCCCGCCUCCUCACCCGCGCUCUGCCUGGACCGCAUUCUUGGGCCAAAGGGCUAGGAAGAGGAGCAGGAGAGGAGGCGAGGAGCCGUCGCAGGAUAGGUGAACUUGGUUCUCUCGGCUCUCGCCAGGGUUGACGGUCGUCUCCAGGCGAGCGAUCGAGCGGGGCGAAAUGGGCGAGGAAGAGGAGGAGGAGGAGAUGUCGGAGAGGGAAGUCGAUUCCCAGGUUUAUAUGGCUUGUGUAAUGCAAGGGCGCAGAGUUGGAGUAGCGUACUAUGAUUCAAGUAUGCGGCAGCUUUUUGUAUUGGAGAUCUGGGAAGACAUAGCUGAAGAUUUUCCUUUGAUUGAUCUUGUGAAAUAUCAGUCAAGACCGAGCACAAUAUACACAAGUACUAAAACAGAAGAAUCACUUUUGUUGGCGUUACAACGAAAUGAUAGUAAUGGUGAGGCCCCUGCUGUGAAACUCAUGAAAAGCUCAACAUUCAGCUAUGAGCAAGCCUGGCACAGAUUAAUGUACUUGAAAGUCGCAGCUAUGGACGAAGGGUUAAGUGUAAAAGAAAGGAUCUGUUUUCUUAAUUCCAUGAUGGACCUUGGAAGUGAUGUUCAAGUUCGUGCUGCUGGAGGUCUUCUUGCUAUAUUAGACAACGAGAGGCUUCUUGAUACCCUUGAUCAGAUGGAAGGUGGAGCAUCCAUUGCAAUUGAUUCUGUGGCACAGAUCUCAUUGGACAAGUUCCUGAAACUUGAUGCAACAGCUCAUGAGGCACUACAGAUUUUUCAAGUAGAUAAACACCCCAGUUACAUGGGAAUUGGAAGGGCUAAAGAAGGGUUUUCAGUUUUUGGUAUGGUCAAUAAGUGCGUCACUCCAAUGGGAAAGCGUCUUCUGAGGACAUGGUUUUUACGUCCUAUAGUCGAUAUUGAAGUCAUAAAUAAUCGCCUCAACACAAUAUCAUUCUUUCUUUGCUGUGAAGAAGUAAUGGCUGCAUUGCGUGAAACUUUGAAAUCUGUCAGAGAUAUUCCCCACAUGCUCAAGAAGUUCAACUCUCCAAGUUCCUUAUGUACAAGCAAUGAUUGGCAUACAUUUCUGAAGUGCAUUUGCUCUCUUCUGCAUAUAAACAAGAUUUUUGAAGUAGGAAUAUCAGAGCAUCUGGCAAAUAAAUUGCAACAUAUGAACAUUGACCUGGUUGGAAAGGCCAAUUCUUCCAUUACAGAAGAGCUGGAUUAUGUAUCUGAUUUGGUAGUUGGUGUGAUUGAUGUGCAACGGGGUAAAGAAAAAGGCUAUGAGACUCUGGUGAAAGAAGGAUUAUGUGACGAGCUGGAUGAACUGAGGAUGGUGUAUGAAGAAUUGCCUGACUUUUUGGAGCAGGUGUCAGCCAAUGAAAAUGCCUCCUUCCCUUUCUCAUUUGAAUGCAGAAAGGCUCCUCUAAUUGUCUAUGUACACCAAAUAGGAUACUUAAUGUGUUUCUUUGAUGAGAAGAUAAGUGAUGCCUUGUUGAUAGGACUUCCAGAUUUUGAAUUUGCGUUUUCUGAGGAAGGAGAGGAGAGAAGGUUCUACUAUCACACUCAGAAGACGAGAGAACUUGACAAUCUUCUGGGAGAUAUUUACCAUAAAAUUCUUGACAUGGAGAGAGCAAUUAUAAGGGAUUUAGUGUGUCGUGUUUGUCAGUUUGUACCUCAACUGACAAAAGCAGUAAACUUUGCAGCAGAACUUGAUUGUAUGUUAUCGUUGGCCAUUGUUGCUCGCCAAAACAAUUAUGUGAGGCCCAUCUUAACUGAGGAUUCCAUACUUGAGAUACAAAACGGCAGACAUGCUUUGCAGGAAAUGACUGUUGAUACCUUCGUUCCAAAUGACACUAAAAUCCGCAGUGCAGGACGAAUUAACAUAAUAACUGGACCUAACUACUCAGGGAAAAGCAUUUACAUCAAGCAGGUGGCUUUGGUGGUUUUUCUUGCUCAUAUUGGAAGCUUUGUUCCUGCUGAUUCUGCCAUUGUUGGAUUGACAGAUAGAAUAUUCUGUGCGAUGGGCAGCAAAUCGAUGACAACUGAACAGUCAACUUUUAUGAUUGAUUUACAUCAAGUUGGAACAAUGCUCAGGCACGCAACAUCCCGAUCCUUGUGCUUAUUGGAUGAAUUUGGAAAGGGAACUCUAACAGAAGAUGGUAUUGGUCUGCUUGGAGGAACUAUCAGCCAUUUUACAAACUACGAUUGCCCUCCCAAGGUCCUUUUGUCAACACAUAUGACAGAGAUCUUCACAGAAAACUACCUGCCAGAGUCUGAACAUAUCAAAUGUUAUACCAUGAGUGUUCUGAAUCCUGAUGAACAAACAGAUAAAGAAGAUGUUAUAUUCCUUUAUCGACUUGUACCUGGGCAAGCUCUCUUGAGCUUUGGACUACACUGUGCACAGCUUGCUGGUGUUCUGAGUGAAGUUGUUCAAAGAGCUGUCACUGUUUUGGGGGACAUCCACUCAAAGAGACCUAUCAGGCGCAUGGUCUGGGAGAAGUUAGCAGCAAAGGACAAGCAAUACCAGGAUGCAGUGACUAAACUGUUGGCCUUCGACGCAAACAAAGAUGAUCUGGCCAAUUUUUUCCAGGAAAUAUUUCCCUCCUAGCUGUAGAUCGGGCUGCCUUUAGAGUAAAGAGUUGCUCAAAACAUGAAACCAGCACAUCAUAUGCGAUAUGAGAUGAACCAAGUCUUUAGCUGCCUACUUCUGGAACAUACAGAACAAAUGGUGAACCUCGAUCAGUGACAUUGCCUACAUGUUCACUUGGGGAUGAGAAAUCAAUUUUGCCUCCAUUACUUUUUGGAUGAGAUUGCCAUCGCCGUUAUACGAAUCGAAUUCCACCAAGUUUGCAUCUGAGUGGUCUGAUGUGAGAUGGCAAUAUGGCAUGGUUGUAAUAUACAGUGCUUAUGCUAGGAGUACCUACCGUUUCCUAUGUUACGGUACGCCAGUAAUGUCAAUACACUUCCAUCUACCAUGGCGACUGUGGGUGCGACGUGUCCCUGCAAUCAGUGGAUCGGGCCAUCGGGGGCAGGGGCAUCACUGCGCUCGUCAACUUGGAUACUGCGUUGGGACUGAGAGAUUAGUGCUUGCCUGCUUGGUGGAUACCAAUACCAUUGUAUUCCUACUGGAGUAGGGUAUAUAUUUAUUUGUUUUGAGACGUAUGGGCGGAAUUCUUGUUGGACUCGUAGCUGAGGCUAGUGCUGUCCUAUGGGCCAUGUCUUGUGGUGGAUUGAAGGUGCACGCAACCUAA